AUGCCAGUGAAAGUGACCACUGCAGGGUCUUACUCUGCUUCCUUGCUCCUCUCCACUCAAUUCUUCCGACCACCUGCCAUGGAUCGCUUCCGUCGCAUUUUCAAAACGUCCUUUUCGUCUGCGGCGAAGCGAAAGGUUUCCUCCCCCAACGUCAAGUCCGCGACGAAGGGGAAUUUGAAGCACACCAAAUCCAUGCCUAUCCGUAGUUCCCUCGAAUAUCCUCCGAAUGAUUAUUCGACUUCUCAUGCUCCUCCCAAAAAUUCUCUCAAGUCUGCAAAAAUCUAUACCCCACGAUUCACGACCCGCAACAAGCCAGCGGCCUCCCAACCAGUACCCAGGGACGUAAACGCGGACCUUCAGGAGGAAGAGGAUUAUGGCAACGUCCUGGACAUGCACUCUGGGGUGACACUCGAUCAAUUCCCAAUGCCUCCGAAUACUAUUCCCCCACCCCACCUUCCGAAUAUCCAGGCCUUUCAUGAACGGUGUGCUCGUCAAGGAUAUAAGACUAUACAUGGGAACGCGUCUACGCCAACGGUCUAUCAUCACGGCUCGACCCGCCAGAAGCUCACCUCCCCUUCUACCACAGACGUCAACACGGCGUCGCAUCGAGGACGCUCGCGUCAUUCCAAGCCGCUCCCUUUUUCUCCGGCUGACUGGCAAAAUAACUUAAAUUCGCCAUCAACGACCUCCUUGCACUCCAACAACCAGACCCACUCAUCUCGCCACCGCCAAGGGUCUACCACGCCCCACCGUUCUCGUUCGCGUGCAGCACCUAGUAGCCGCCAGAGAGUGCAAGAGCACAGCCAGUACAUGACUGAACAAGGAAUGGCUUCCUAUCCUGGUGUCGAAACUGUUGCUGCUGUCCGUCGAGGCCACGGUGUAUUCCAAUAUGGGGAAUCAGAUCAUCGCAAAUCUCACCGAGUGGAGGUCCUCUUCAGUCCCGGCGACGAACCGGUUCCAGUCCGUGUUUCUCAGAUCCGACGGGAGGUCGACGACUACCUCGUAUCUCAAAAUCUCGCGCGUGAUUACGGGGCGCCUUUCUAA